GGCGCACAGCAAUACGGCAUCCGAUAAACCUAGCAGGAGGAGCAAAAGUAACGCUGCUUACGGCGGAGGUUCCGAUCCCCUCUUCUCGCUUCCUUGGCUGGGGAACGACUCGAAAGCGAACUCCGACCCACCAGAGAAGCGGAACUGCGGAAGAAAGGCCCCCAAAGAAUCACCAAGAUCGAAAGAGACCGAAAAGAGGAGAGAAGAGAGAGAGAGAGAGAGAGAGAUCGGAGGAGGAGAUGGAGCUUUGCUCCAAAGAAGCGGUGAAGUACGUGUGGGAGGGAGCGAUCCCACUCCAGAUCCAUCUCCACGAAUCCGAGGUCACCACGCUCCCUCCUCCUCCGCCGAUCCUGGUUUUAGGGUCGCGGAUUGGGUAUCUGCCUCUAUUAGUACCUCUUAUAAAACCUCAUUUCAGCAGCACACUUCCUCCUGGCACUGACACAGUUUGGUUUGACUACAAAGGCUUGCCACUUAAGUGGUAUAUACCAACAGGAGUUCUCUUUGAUCUUUUAUGUGCAGAACCAGAAAGGCCAUGGAAUCUGACGGUUCAUUUCAGAGGGCAUCCAGGAGAUGUUUUGACGCCCUGUGAGGGUGAAGAUAGUGUAAAAUGGAGCUACAUCAAUUCAUUGAAAGAGGCAGCUUACAUUAUUAAUGGGAACUGUAAGAAUGUCAUGAAUAUGUCUCAAGCUGAUCAGCUUGAGCUUUGGCAAUCAUUGGUAAAAGGUAACAUGGAUGGCUAUCUUCGAAUCUCAUCUAGGCUUAAGCUUGGACCACUUGGGGAGGACUGCAUAGUCAGAUCAGCUUCAUCCUCGGCACAACCUCGACAAGCUAUUGGGGAACCUGAUUUCACUGGAUCUGGCAGACCAUGCAGAAUUCCAGUUCGUUUGUAUGUGCGGAACAUUAGCGAAGAUCUUGAUGACUUAGAAGAUGCAGUUCCAAUUGAUAAUUGGGACAGAAUCUCCUAUAUAAACCGACCAGUUGAGAUUCAUAAGGAAGAAGGCCACCUAAGUUUUAAGUGCGCCAUGAAAACCUUACUACCAAAAAUCUUUUUUGAGGAGCCCCUGGUCGACGAUCAUGAGUUCUUGAGGGAAGGGGAAACUGUUGGAGCUGAUUCAAGCUAUGGGGAUUCAGAAACCAUAGGUGGCUCGUGGAAUGCUCAAGCUGAAGAAAUACCAUUUGCGGGCCAACCCCAGGUGCAGCUGUUGAAGAAGUCUAAAAUUAAGAUGAUCCGCAUCCAAGGAAUCGAACUGGAUAUGGAUAUUCCAUUCUUUUGGGUAGUUAACAACUUGAAAAACCCUGAAUACUUCCUACACAUCUGUGUAUUUAUUGGGACAUCCACGGAUCAAUCCACAUUCAGAUGACAUCUUGUGGCCCAUUCUCUUAUUCGGAAAAAGAUCUAGUCUUCUAUUGUUAUUUUGUGGAGCCGAUUCUAACACAUUAUUUAAUGCUGUACAAAUGUAAACAGACGGUUCUGUUACUUGAAACAUAGGCCGUAAAUAUUAAUGGAGGUCCUUUCAUUUUCAAAGUGAACAUAAAAAUACAUCUGAGGUUACAUUC